GUGCCACUGCAUUUUUAUUGCUUCUAACCCCCAAAACCCAGAUUAUUACUAAAAAAAUGUCUUUUUUAAUUUCAUUUAUUUCUGAUCCUGCAUUAAUUUGCCUGCUGUGUGCAGCAGUAUUACUAGCUGUAGUCUAUUUUUCAACUGGCUAUAAAAAUUCAGCUUUUAAAUUACCUCCUGGUCCAACUCCUCUUCCGAUCAUUGGUAACCUGCACUUGGUGGAUCUUAGAAGGCAAGAUAAAUCACUAAUGAAGCUUGCGGAAAAAUACGGCCCCAUCUUCACCCUCCACUUUGGGUUCCAGAAAGUUGUGGUCCUGACCGGGUACGAAGUUGUGCGGGAGGCGCUUGUGAACUACACAGAGGAGUUUGUAGACAGACCAUCCAUCCCAAUAUUUGACCAAAUUCAGAACGGAAACGGUUUGUUCUUCUCUAUUGGGGAGCUGUGGAGAACAACUCGGAGAUUCACUGUAUCCAGCAUGCGCAACCUCGGCAUGGGGAAAAAAAUGAUAGAAGGGAGAAUUUUUGAGGAGCUUCACUUCCUUAUUGAGAUGAUCAAAUCCUUCAAAGGGGAACCUUUUAGCCUGCCGUCCUUCAACUGUGCUCCGAUCAAUAUCACCUUCGCCAUGCUCUUUGGGGACAGGUUUGACUAUAAGGACCCAACAUUUCUCACUCUCUUAAGACUCAUAGAUGAAGUUAUGAUUCUUCUGGGAUCUCCAUAUUUGAACUAUUUCAAUUUCUACCCGUUCCUUGGAUUUCUUUUCAAAACUCACAAGAUUAUGCUUGGUAAAAUAGAAGAUGUACGCGUCAUUUUAAGGCAAUACAUGAAGGCAAGCAGGGAGGACAUCAAUGAGAACAGCGUGAGGAGCUACAUUGAUGCACUGAUAUUCAAGCAACAGGAGGAGAAAAACAAGAAAGACAGCCUCUUCCAUGAUGACAACUUAAUAGCAUCCAUACUCGACCUGGUCAUGGCAGGGACAGAGACCAUAGCCACAACGCUCCAGUGGGCCAUCCUGCUGAUGAUGAAAUACCCAGAGAUUCAAAAAAAGGUGCAGGAGGAGAUUGGGAGAACUGUCAAAGCUGGAAGCUGGGCCACAUACGAGGAUCGGAAGAACAUGCCAUUUACAAAUGCAGUGCUACAUGAAGUACAGAGGUUUAUCACCCUCCUGCCCCACGUUCCCCGCUGCACUGCUGUUGACACCCACUUCAGGGGCUACUUCCUUCCCAAGGGUAUAAUUGUAAUCCCGUCACUCACCUCAGUGCUGCUGGACAAGACGCAAUGGGAGACACCGCAUCAGUUCAACCCCAACCACUUCCUUGAUGCUGAAGGGAAUUUUGUAAAGAGAGGAGCUUUCCUGCCCUUCUCCACAGGGCGAAGGAACUGCAUUGGAGAAAGCCUCGCCAAGAUGGAGCUGUUUGUCUUCUUUGUAGGGUUGCUUCAGACAUUUACUUUUCAACCCCAACCAGGAGUUUCAGAGUCUGACUUGGACCUUACUGUCCCCCAAACGACUUUCACGUUAAGGCCUCAGCCUCAGGCAACCUGUGCUGUCCUGCGUGAAUAACCACAGCCUUGCUGCCCAGCAGCCCAACAAGUGGGGAAGCUGCUUAGACCCAGCUUAGCUAUGCUAGGACUCGCCAUCCCCCCAUCCUGCCACAUCACCCUCUUCCACAUCCCCUUCCCGCUGUCUCCAUCCACUCCCACUCCACCACUACACCUGUCUCAGACAAGGCGCAUGGAGCUGAUGGAGGGAUAGAGGAGGUGGUCUGGCGAAGGGGAUGCAGCCCGUGAGUAGUAGGUGUGACACCCAGGCUCCCAUGGCAACGCAGUGAGGUUCAUCAUGAUGCAGAAAUCUGCCUGAAAUCCUGAGGAAAGACACACCCUGUUUGCCGGGAGCUGCAGAAAUACACCGUGGGUCACGCACAUGAACCAUCCCUAAGCACCUCGUGAACUUUUUCCCAAGUUCCCUAAUUAUCCAUAGCUUCUAGCAAAACCCUACCAGCCUAGGCAGCCAAGUCAAAUGCUGAGAGUGAAAAAACAAAUCGAUUCAUGUGAUUUGAGGACAAAGUUACUUCUGCCUUGGAACAACGGCCUGAAAGAUGCCCCAGACUCUGCAAACCUGUUCAGAUACGCAAGUGCUGCUACCACCACGUUCAACACUGCUUCACAGUCUGAAUAAAACAAGAUCUACAUUUCUAAGUUUGCAGUCUAAAUCAUAAGUUCACAUGAGAUUUGUACCAGCAACUGAUCAUAAAAGGCUAACGAUACAGAAAACCCAGCUAGACCCAUUUCUAGUUUUACGCAUCUCUGUCUUUCCUGACUGUUAAGUGGGAUCAAACACUGUUCCUCUCUUCAGACCUCCUGGUUAAUGGUGAGAGCCAACAACAGCAGCCAGUCUGCUAUUUGGGGUCUGGCCAUGGGAACCAGCCAUGCAACUGCCCUGCAAAUAGUGUCUAAUUUCACAGUGCCCAUAUUACACACACAGAUGCAAGGAAAACUGGGAUCAGGGAUGAGACAAGACCCAGUGUGGGUUAUUUUCCUUUCCUCUGUAGCUUUGUCUGGCUGUUGUCCCUGUCUCUAGCACUCUUGCCUGCCAUCAUCUUAUUUCACAAUCUUAUUUCAGUUGACGUAUAGCUCAGGCAAUUUUCCAUCCAUUUAUCUGUCUAUGAAUUGCCACCUCUCCAUAUGCAUUUUCUUAUCACGUGCUUUAUCAUAUUAUUUGUUUCCCCCUUCAUGGGAAUCCAAUAAAGUUUUAAUCCAAUGUCUUCAUCAUAUUUCAUAUGCCUGCCACCCAGCUUUGCAUCUCACAGAAAUGGAGAUGCCAUGAAAGGUUGACCCUGAGCCCAGAGUGACAACAAACAUUAUAAUUCUACUUGUAUCUUACAAGUGAGAGGUUCUGCAUAGCCUCAUCCUAGCAAAAAAAGCUCAACAGGAGACCCGCCAUAUCUGCAGAGUGGGUUCUCCAGGGCAAAGAUCUUUCCCUUUGUGCUCAGCUAUGGACUACUAGUCAGUCAUGGGGAUGGCAUUUGUUUUUCACUUUUAUGUCUUCAACUCUUGCUUGCAGAGGCUAAAUGAAAGGUUGCCACCUUCACUGAUGCUGAUGCUGUCCCUCUGCUUAGUGCCUUGGACCCUGAGCCUCUCACCUCUUGCUCUCCCAAAGCAUCACCUGCUGGUAACAUCACUCUUGAGGAGUGGUGGCAGCAGGAUGGGGUCUUCUGCAGGGAAGGCAGAGAGAGGCAGGUAAAGCACGUGAGGAGCAAGCCAUAUAUCAACUCAAUGAAGGAAGUUUUGGCUUUGCUGAAAUAAAAAAAGACUUUUGUCUUUGGCUUCAGAGAGGCCAGGACGGUUCCUGCUCUAGCCCCCUCCAAAAGCAAUAUGAACUCAAAAGACAGAUAUUGCAGAUAGCGAGUGCUCCAGGGGACAAAACUGGACUGGGUUCAAAUCUGCAUGAAUUCACCGGUGGAACCUCGGACCUGAGCCCUUUCCAUGGGCCCUUGGGUUCUUGGCUUCGCAGGAGCGAGAUGGAUCCCUUCCUACAUGGCAUAGCAGCCUUCGGAGCCCGCUCCUUUUGGACAUCAGCUUCUGUACUGGCAGGCAGAGCAGAGCCAGAGGCAGUGCAGGUCACAGCCAGCGAUUCAGCAGGCUGAGCAGUACCUGUGCCUCAACGAGAGCCAUGAGCUACGAGGUGCAAACAUCCAUGGGAAACAGGUUUCUUUGAUUCCUCUGGAAAGUGCCGUGCACCCUCCUUGCGCCUGUGCUAGCAGGUGGAUGGAAGCGGUUGCUCCCCAGCACGCUGAAUUAGCUGAAUCUAUCUCUGCAAGAGAAAGUGCCUGCCUCCCAUGUAUUGUGCAGCCAGACGAUGGCAGAACAUUGAUUAUGACUCAGCUAUACAUUUAUCUAGCAGAAAACAUUGGCUCGCAGGGGCAGAAAUACCGUUUCCACAUUCCUCAGUGGCCCCGAGGGUCUUCGCGCCAGCUGCAAAACAUGUUUGUGCCUUGCAACACACUGCCCUGACCCAAGGCAAACAUCUUGGGGCGGGACAGGUGGCUUGAUUUUUCAAGUAAGAUCCGAACAAAUCCAACUCGCACCAUGUCUGUGGCUCGUGCCACGCACGGCUGCCUGGGCAGCGUGUCCCGUAGCCCACCCUGCCAGCCCCGGCGCUGCACGCUGCUCUCAGGGGGGGCAAUGGGCAGGUGCAAGGAUGGCAGCGGUGGGGUAGAUCGGUCAAAUCAGGGCUGCCUCCUUAUCUGCAGCCCCACUGCCCGCCGCCCUCAGCAAGAAGGUUGUGCAGAACAUCAUUUCUGUUUUCUUUUUGCCACGAGAUGGCACCCCGAUCCCUGGGAGUCCCAGGCAGCCCCCCCGCAGCCCUCGGGGGGCACCGCGCCUUCAGCCCCCCAGCUCUGCAGGGUGGGCAGAGAGAAACCCCGAGGCUUCCCGCACCCCCAGCCCAGCAGCGCUCACCUGCGAGCCGGGCUGGCAGCC